GGGAAGCGCUGAGGUAACGGGCGGGACAGCUCUUCGGCUCAAGCAAUUGGGAGGAUCUCCCUUGCCAAGGGGAGGAUCCAGCUCCAUCUCGGGUGGCGCAAAAAAAUGCGGAUCCAGCGUAGGCCCUUGGGUAGGCAACAGUUCGAAGUGAAGAAGCCAGUGUCUGAGCAUGUAAAUCUUAACCAUUCAUUUCCGUGUCUGGUGUUGUUGUUUCAGAAGUGCCAAGAUGAUUGAUGCUUAGCGGCAGCGACGUUUAAUCUCUGUUUGUGUGAGCGUUACACACAGCUCGUGGGUGGGGACCUAACUGUGACCUUUUCUCGGAACUCCUGAUCCGCCCAAUGUACGCACUCCGUGAGCGGGGAGUACUUUGCUGGUGGAUCUUUCUGAAGAUUGGUGGGCAAAGCUGACGGCUUUUUUUUAACCCGCUUUUUGAACCCCUCGGGAAUGGACUUGCACAGACCCUGUCACACUAGAAGCAACUUCAAGCAAGACAAGUCUAAACGGUAAAAUAGUCCAGUUUUUACUUUAGCUGGGAUAAGCUGUGUGUAGUAUGACUGCGGAGUGGAAUCCCGGAGUUUUCAUUGUCGGGCUCUCUUUUGUGGGUUUCGGACUGAUCAAUCGAGGUCUGGGACAUCUCCCGAUUCCGGAAUCUGCCCUGAGGAACACCUGGAAAUGGAGAAACAUUUGCACCUCGAUGGUUCACAGUCUGGUGACGGGCAUCUGGGCAAUCCUGUGCUUUUAUUUCCAGCCGCAGAUGGCUGAGGAUCUGAUCGGAACACAUUCUCCGUCCUCUCACGGUCUCGUAGCCUUUUCUAUCGGUUAUUUCAUUCAUGAUUUUAUAGACAUGCUGUGGAACCAAAAAUUUCAACAUUCCUGGGAACUGCUUUUCCACCAUGUUGUGGUAAUUACUUGUUUUGGAAUUUCUGUGAGCCUCUGCAGCUAUGUUGGGUUUGCGGUCGUAGCUUUACUGGUUGAAAUCAACUCCAUCUUCCUGCACCUGAGGCAAAUUCUUCUGAUGGCCAACAUGAACAAAACCACUUGCUUUCGCCUUAACAGCAUCAUCAAUCUGGGAACCUAUGUUAUCUUCCGUAUUACCACACUGGCCUGGAUGACACGCUGGCUUGUUCUAAACCGCGACAACUUACCUCUAAUAAACUACAGCAUCGGGAGUGUAGGGAUGGCCAUAAUGACUCUGAUGAAUAUUGUGCUGUUUUGCCGACUGCUAAGAAGUGACUUUCUGAAAUCUAGCUGGGAAGGGAAGAAGGAAAAGGAGAAGUAAAACUUGCAGCAGUGUUUCCUCCCCGGUACUGGUGCUGAGAUUUCUGAAGGAGGAGCUGAACAAGGACCUUUCGCUCCUUUGAAUUUAAUGGUCCCAUUCACUUAAAUGUAAUUCUGGAUAACCCGAUGGGCUUAAUUGUAAAUAUAUUUUUAAAAAUUGUAUCUAACAUUUUCAAAAGUUUUUUAAUCUAAUGAUGUUAUCGGUAAAAUGAAACAAUGAAAAUGAUACAAAAUUUUAAAAUGUUUUUUCCUACACAUUUUAAAGAAAUGCAGUUAAAUGCGCUACAGAAUAAAAUACGGUAAUCUUACACUAUCUUGCUUCAAACUGCAUUGGGCAAGUUAUUGAGCUCUUAGUGUUUGUUGUUAAAUUCUGCAAUGAUUGUUACUACUCCCGAGAGGAUUCAUUCUAAAUAAUUCCAUGAUGGUUUUGAUGCUGAAAAUUUGGUAAGUUAUCAAAGAAAUGCCUCUAAUUAACAGUGAUUUAGCUAGCCUCUCAAAUGUGUUGAUUUAAACAUAAGCAUGUCAAAUUAAUGAGCUGUGAAAUGAGACAGUAGCCCAUCGAAAAUAAUGAAUCCAUUUGAUUACUUAUGCAAAGUGUGAGAUUUUGUUACUAAACAUCUUCAUUUUAUACACCUGUUUUAUGGGCAUUACUAAAUUUUAUAUAUAGUAAUGCAUGUUUCAAAUAGCUAUAUAGGAAUCAUGUGUGAGUGAUGUAGGAUACACUCUAAGCAGAUCCAAUGACGACAUCUGAAAGUAUAUCAUCUUGAAUGUACACAGCUUCAGAAGCUGUAAUAUAUUUAUAAUCUGUCAAUACUUACCUACUCAUAUAUACUUGUAUAUUUAUAAUAUCAAUAACCACCUACACUGUUUUUGACUGCCUUUGUAAUAUUUGUUGAUUUUAAAACAAUAACAGGGCUUGUAGUAAUGAUGUAUUGUUGCAGAAAAUAGUCAGUUUUUACUCUAAUGUGAAAUAAUUUUGUUGUGCGCAACAUUCACAUUUCUUACAGGACUAAAAUGUGAACUGCUAGUUUUGAGAUCAGUCCAUAGGCUGUUUUUAAAAAUAUUUUCCAAAUUUAUAAUAUGUAGAAUGUAAUCCAAAAAAUGUUAAAUCUGAAAUAUUUAUUUUAAUGCCUAUUAAUCUGCAAGUAAUGUUAUAGUAAUGACAGGAACAGUCAAUCCUGGUUAGUCCAGAUGAGUAUCUCCUGACUGUAGUCUGUGUUCUGUUUCAGCAUCAAGUUUGUUCAUCUGAAGGCAGUGAUGUUGACUUUCUGGAUAUUGGGCACAGUUGUGACUGUUAUGAAGUCCAAAGAUCUUGUUAGAACCACCUCUUCUCAACUUAGUGGACUCUCUUUGUUGAUUAAAAAAUAUAGCAGAAAAUUGUCCAUGAAACAGAAAUGUAUCUCCUGUAAUAUCAUAAUCUAAAUAUUGCGGAUGAGUCUAAAUCCUCUCAAUAGGAUUGAAACCUAUUUUAGAUUUAUGUUUUUGUGGCAACGUGGUAGCUUUGCACAUUUUAAGGCUGAAAUUAAAGUAGAUGAGUAAAAGAAACAGUUUGCAAGGUGUAAAGAAUCCUCUGUGAAUUGAGUUACAGAAAAUGCUGUCUUUUUAGUGCAGAUCAAAAUCCAGAUAGUUUGCAGGCAGUGACAGGCCCAGACCAAGGGAUGGACAUGUUGCUAUAUGGCUCCAUGCUAUGUCACUGUGACGCCUACACUGUGUAUCAGCAGUUUGCACAGCAAACACACUGCAUGUGCUUUAAAUAAGUGAGGAGGAGAAUUUGGUCAAGGUGGACUAUGGUCGCUCAGGGACUGCCGACAUAGUCAGUACUAUAGGUUGAAUCUAACCAGUGUUUUGAAUAGAGGGAGAAAGCUAUUCAGUGGUCUGUGUUCACAGGAGCUGUUACGAUGGUUCUGAUGCUGAUCAGAACACUGUUCCUUAGUCUUCCUCACUGGAUGCUUUCAUCCGUUUGGAGGUGGCACAGAUUUGCUGGUUCACAAUUAUAAAGGAUCUCUGAUUCAUUCAUUAAAAGUGACAAUGCACAGCGACUGCUGAAGAAAAGAUAACCUUGUUUUCUUCAGAUUAAAAUAGCUUUUCCUGCAAAGAAUAGAGUGAGCUUCUGAGCUGGUGGAGGUCAGGUGGUUUUUCUACUGUCUUGUUCGCAUCCUCAAUCUGAUUGGCUCCCUGAGAACUAAUCAUAGUUGUGUUCUUUUUAUUCAUUCACCAGAUGAGGGUGUCACUGACUAGGCAGCAUUAAUUACCCAUCCCUAAUUGCCCAGAGGGCAGUUAAGAGUCAACCACAUUGCUGUGGUUCUGGAGUCACAUGUAGGCCGGACCAGGUAAGAAUUUACUAAAGGACAUUAGUGAACCAGAUGGGUCCCCCCACCCCCAACAAUUGACAAUUGAUUCAUGGUCAUCUUUAGCUUCUUAAUUCCAGCUAUUUUGUUGAAUUCAAAUUCAACUUCUGCCUUCUGCCAUGGUGGGAUUCGAACCCCAGUCCUCAGAACAUUAUCUGGGUCUCCGGAUUAACAGUCCAGUGAUAAUACCACUCUGUCAUCGCCUCUGCUAAUUGUUGGCAGACAGAAGGCCUUUGGCAUUGACAACUGGUCACUAGUCCAGAGGUGAAUUAGCUACUUGAUGCAGGCUGAAUUUCCAAAUGUAUUUUACAGUUCCCGCUCAUCUGAAAAUUAUACCUCAGUUGCUGCUUGUUCAAGCCUCUGUGUAAAUUUGAGCACCAUACAAUGAAUGUCAGGUUACUUGCUUUCAAAAACAUACAGUAAUAUCCUUUAGGGAAGGAAGUCCGCCAUUGUUACCUGAUUUGACCUACAUGUGAUGCCAGACCUACUGGUUGACACUAAAGUGCCCACUGAAAUGGCCCAGCAAGCCACUCAGUUCAAAUGCAAUAGGGAUGGGUAAUAAAUGCUGUCCCUGUCAGUAAUGCCUACGUCCAAUGAGCCAUUUUUAAAAAGGUCCUUCAGCAAUCCUUGUAUUUUUUUAUUUUAAAUAGUUUCUCAAUUUUGGUCCACAAUUAAAACCACAGGAAAAAAAAGACAGAGGCCAUCUAUAUAAAAGAACCAGGUAGGAAAUUAUACUUCAAUUAGUGUUUUAUUAAGCAUGGAAUUGGUAUACAGACAGCUUGUAUUUGACUGUGAUAUCACAAUUACAUUGAACUCUUGUAAAUAACUGGCCUGUGAGAUGAUUGAAAUCUUAGUGAAAAAGUUAAGGCUUCUAUUAAUUUUUUGUAUCAACUUAUUAUUUGUACCUGCUGUUUAUACCUGUACCUAACACGUGCAUAAAACUGUUCAAUCCCAUAGGUAUUUGUAGCAUAUGUAUAUAUGAAACUGAACUGCUUGUAGAUUUUUAUCACCUAAUCAGCAGAAUCUUCCUCUUCCAGUCCUCUUCCAGUCACCAGUGUGCUAGUCAAAACUCAUAGCCCCUACAGAAGCUCAGUCCAUUGCUUCUCUUACAAGGUUGAAUCCCUGAUGAAACUGAAUUGGAGUGUCAGUGAAUAUACGUAGCAUAAAUGUUCCAUCAGCACCUGGUGUAAAGGUACUUGGAAUGAUUGCAUAGUGUCCUGGUGCAAGUUUACUAUGGAGGUUUAUGCUUCUCUGGGCCACGUAGGCUCCUGAAUCCGAAACCGUUCUAUGAUGUGUAAAAUGCUCUGCAGUUAGAACCAUUUGUGGGUUGAAAGACUAUUGGAACGAUAAAGAAACAAAAAUUUGAGUUCAAAUUAAGUUGCUUCGUUUUAACGGAUGUUUUUGUGAAGAUCACAAAAUGGAUUAGACAAAUGUUAUCCCAAGUACAUCCACACAAUGCUUUUGUUUUGUUUCUUUCUACUUUCUAACAACGUAUUCUUUAGAUGGUGUGCAGAUUGGAAUAUACCCGGCUUGAUUAUUGACAGCUAAUAGAUUGUGAUCACCUUCUGCAAGAUGAAUAAUUUUGUGUUAUUUACUAAUUUACAUUCUCUUAUGUUUGAGUAAAGAAUGCUUAGCCUAAUUGUAAUGGCACACAGCAGCAUCAAUACCACAGUUACAAUUACAUAGGCAUAACAAAAGUAAGUAUAUUUUGUAAAGUAAACUAAUCUUUUUUAAAAUUGACACAUCAUCUUUAAAAAAUAGCUCCAACAAGUCAUAUGGCUGGCUUUGUUGCUUUGCUAUCAGUCAAAAGACAAACAGACUGUUGUGUUAUCUUGGCACCAUCCAUAACGGGAGACAUUUGGAGUUUAUUUAACCCUCGGACAACUAAAUUGGUUCUCCCAAAGGUGUGAGAAAUCAAAGGUUCUGAGCAAACAGUGUCUAAAAGGACACCAUGGGAAAUUCCAGAGUAAUCGAUUUUGCUUUGUGGAACAAUGGUUUUUCAGAGUUAACACAGCAGUCAUCUUAAGAUUUUGGUCAAUGUUAAACUGGCUGUGAGACAUCUCGCAAGGUAGAAAUCCAAGAACAGCUUUAAGAGGUACCAUCAGUGAUAGUGUUCUCAACAGCAACAAAGAAUCCAGCCAAAGGACUGUUGUAUUUAACCAGGGUACCAAGUAGCACAAACUGCAGUGUCAUAAAUGUGAAAUAAAGGAACAUCACCUCCCUCCCAAAAUCUGUUCUGCUCAGCCCAGUUGUGGGUCAUACCUCCAACUAUUCAAUUACAGGAACCAUAACAUAGAAUGAAUUCUUAGCCAAUAACAGUACCAUGUUUUACUUAGUAUCUUUCAGCUGUAGCUUUUAAGAAAAUAACCUUUGUCUUGUUUAAGAAUAAAGCAUUGUUGCUGGUUAGUACACCGUUCUACAGACACAACUAAUCUUGCAUUACCUUAAUAAUUAUUCACUGCAAGUAAUUGCAUGUGAAGGAGGUUACUGUGUCCUUUGAGACACCAAGGUGUUUCCUUUUGGCCAAGGAUUUGGAAAGAAAGCUACUUUCCAAACAUUUUUUUUAAUCCCCCUCAAUCAACUAACUCAUCUGAACAGAAAGUCAUUGUUGAAUAGAUUUGCUGGUAAAGAA